CAACAGCCGUACCUUCACGACGGCAUCGUCAUGGCUGCCCCACCCAAGCCUCUGAGCGUGGAUAUCCAUACUUCGGUGAAAGAGGGAGACAUGGCGAAAGUCCUCGAGUUUUUGGAGGAAGGGGGCGAUGUCAACGUUCGUUGCAGGUAUCGGACCAUUCCUCUGCACCGGGCUGCGGCGUACAACCACCAAGACAUUGCCAGUCUGCUGCUAGAAAAGGGGGCUGAUAUUGAGGCACGAGACGGGACUGGGCAAACGCCCUUGUUUUGGGCGUGCAAAGGGGGACACGGGGAGAUGAUCACCCUCCUGCUUUCCAAGGGGGCUCACAUCAAUGCGCAAGACGCGAAAGAGCGUACGCCACUGCACGAAGCGGCGCGACAUGGGAAGAAAGAAACCUGCGCGUUAUUGCUCAAGCGAGGCGCAAAACGAGAUACCAUGGACGUGGACGCGAACGAACCCGGGGAAGACUCGGAACCAAGCGUCCCAGAGAGUGUUCGUAGUCAAAUAAGGAGUAUGAUCGAAAACUCAUGAUUUUGAUUGUUGGUUCGCAUGUCAUGGUAUAGAACAGAUGGUGGGGGAAGGAAUGAUUUUGAGCGUUUGAGAGAGUGCUAUUCACCGUUCACUCAUCGCGAUGCCAAGCACGCAACGAGGUACUGAUAAGUUUUGACGGUAAUAAUGCAUUCUGGUAUAGUGAAACCAUUAGAGUAGACUCAGAGUCGAGGCUACCUGGCAACAGCACGUGCUACGUUGAAUUCGAGUCAUGUGUUGCGCUCGCCGAAGCGGAGGUACAGGUUUGGCUUGGAGGGCAGGUGCAACGUCGCUGUCCUUUCAUCAAACUCACACCUCGACCAU